AGCUGCUCGGCUGGAGAAGCAGCACGUGCAUGAUGUGUAUGAGAGCACCGCCUCCUACUUCAGUGACCUGCAGAGCAAAGCCUGGCCUCGAGUGCGUCAGUUCCUCCAGGAGCAGAAGCCUGGCAGCCUCAUUGCUGACAUCGGUAACCCAGGCUUGUGCCUCGUAGCAUGAAACGUAUUCCAUCGUACUUGUUCUUUUCAGAUUCAUUUUUCAUUUUUUAUUGUAACAAGAAGCCUGAAUGGUGUCCUUGGCAUGCCAGUUCCUAGAAUAUUCUCUUUACAGCAGAAUUCCUACCAUCAAGUCACAAGGCAGAUCACACCCUUAAACCUACAUUUAGUGUUAAUCUUUGAAGGGCCUUUGCUCACAUUCUCCACAAAAACUGACCUAAUCAAUUGAAUGAAUAAGAUGGACAUGAUGGUGACAAUGAUAAUUUUAAAUGUAGGUAUGGUCACAUUUGUAAAAUGUGUUUUGUACUGGAGUCUCACCUUGGGUGGUUCUAAUAUCUUCUGUAAAAGAGUCAGAAUCGUGGGAUUGUGGAAGAGGUCUUAUAUCCUUUUAUUAAUCUCAUGGUUCCUCUUCUUUUUUAUUCCGUAUUUUGUUAUUAGAGCCUAUCUUUAAAUGCAUAACAUUUUCAUAAUCACUGAUUUGUCUGGAUGACUUUAGCUCUAUAUCUUUCUAAAUUGAGAAGUGAUAAAACCGCAACUCAGUAGAUCUAAGACUAAGAUUAACAUGGGGUUGGGUUCCCCCUUAGAUAUGCCUACCUAAAACUGCUUUCUAGCAAUUACAUGUUGGAUGUUGACCGUGCCCAUAAGAAUCAUUAAGUCUGCAAUUACAAUCUCUCAGUCUAGUUUGACCCCGCUGAAUAAGGGUUAGAGAAACACACACAUGUCCAGAAUUCCUGGCUUGUUAAAGAUGAUACAGAUGGUGUAGACUUUUUGGAAGAGAUGCAUGUCACAUUGAAAUUGGGAGUCGCUGAAAAAUAUCUCUGUCAUGUCCAUUUUUAAAAAUAAAGCUGGUUUCAGAGGUUGGGGAUGCAACUCAGUGGUGGAGUAUGUGUUUUGCAUGCAUGAAACCUUAGCUUUGAUCCCCAGCACCUCAAAAGAGGGAAAAAGAAACCAACUGGUUUUCAGAAGGUGCAGUGAGUCUGAAGCUCUUACCACCCACAAUCUAAGCAAAGUACCAACACAUUAAGAUUAAUGGGGGGAGGGUAUUUAAUAAAUGGCUUUGGCACAAUAGCACAUAUAAUAAGAGAGUUACUUUCUUAUCUCUUUCAUCAAAAUAAAUUCCAAAUGAAGCAAAGAUUUAAGUAUAAGAAAAUGAAAUCAUUAAAGGACUAGAUGACAAUUGAUUAUUUUAAAAUACUCUCAAAGCAAAUGACCUUUCGCGUAUUACACAUUCACACCCAAAAUUAUAAAAGAAAAUUGAAUUGUCAUUAUUUGUAAUAUUCUUGUUUUAUGAAAUUGUUUUAAACACUGAAUUAGUGAAUACUGAAAAGUUGUUCUGAGGGGAGCUAUAAGAAGAGUUCCUGUAAGGCUUUGGUCACAACAUUUUUGUCACGUGUAUUGAUGCGUAACCUUGUGUUCCUGUUUGAAGGCAUCUCAUUUACUAUCUAUUGUUGAUUCAUUAACACUGAACUCGCAACAGUGCAUUAUAACUCAUGCUUGAACAAAGCUAAUCACUUCCAUAUUUUGUCCCUAAGAGACCUCACAGCCUUCGUCUGUUCUGAAAGACUAGAAUGUUUGGGGGCCGUUUGAAAAGCAAAAUCACCAACCAAAUAAUCACAAAAGUGCACGGCUCUCGAUAGAUUAUGGAAAGAGCACUUAUUUACAGUGUUGACUGAGAUAAAAUCAAUCUAGCCGAGAACAAAGAAGAAUUACUUGUGGUUGGGGACUUAUUAGGAUUGAAUCCAGAAGAUGCUGAAUUUAAGUAGCCGUGAAACUGUGCUCUGAGGUUCUGCAAGAUGAUGCCUGCUUUUAUAGCGUAAACUGCAAGGCGGGUUGCUAAGUACAUCACUUGUUUGUCAGGGAUGAUGAUAAUAAGAAAGGAAAUAGGCACAUUCUCAGUCUCUGGACAGUUCAGAGGGGGGGGGGUAGUCUCACAAAUUGUUGCAAAGACUGAUGAAUUUCAUUCCAGAAAAUUGCAUUUUGGCCCAGUUAACAAGAACAGUAUUUCCCCUGGUAGUGUAGACACUCAGUUCAAAAGGUCAACUGUGGUUAUGUCUGAAACCUGGCUUAACAAGUGCUCCCAAUGCCAUUCUAAGUGCCUGGGAUCAAUUAGAUCUCCCCUGGCGACAGCAGGAGAGCUGGAAUGCCGGAUACAAGAAUCUUGGGCAAGUCAGAUCUUGGGUUGCUCUGUCAAAGCACGCGUCUGAGAAUGACCAUGCACGUGCUCAGACUUUAGGUUACAAGUAAAUUUUAGCAGGUAAGUGAACAAGCACAGAUGGAAGCUGUUUGUAACAAAGUACUGAUAACUCACCCCAUGGAAACUAAGAAAUACUAUAAGACAAAACUCUAGACAAAUAUGUAAAUGAAGUCAAAAGACAAAAACAAACUGAAAUAUCUGCAACACAUCUGAUAGAAAAAAAUGCAUCCUUUUCUUAAUCUUCAGGGCAUUUUUAAUUGGAUAUAAAAAGACCCAACAUCCUGCUAUUUGCUACAGCAUUGGUAAACCUGGAGGUUGUAAUGUUCAGUUUAUCCUUACAGAAGGACAAAUGCUGCAAGAUGUUACUAAUAUGUGACACCUUAAAAAAGUUGAACUUGCAGAAGCAGAGAACAGAGUGGUGGUUACCAGUGACUGGGAGGAGAGGAGAAUGGGAAGUUCUUGGUUAAAGGGUGCAGAGUUUCAGUUAGACAAAAGAAAUAAGUUCAAAAGGGGGAAGAAAAAUGACAACCAAAAGAAAAUGGGGAAAGGAUGUGAACCUAUAGUUUUUAAAAAGUUGCAGUAUGCAAAUUGCUUAAAGAUAUUUUGAUAGGUAAUCCAUUUACAGGGUUCAGCAACAAAGGCACAGAAGGAUAUACAGUACAAAACAUCCCCAUCCCAGUCCCUGACACCAGGUGAACCCACACCAGAGGCUGUGGAACUGGAAAGUAUCUUAAAGUGAACAGCCAGGUACAUACGCUGGGCUGUGACUACUGUAGGCCAUUGGUAGAGAUUGCCCGGAAUAGAGGAUGUGAAGUCAUGGUAUGUGACAACCUUAAUCUUCCCUUUAGGGAUCAGGGCUUCGAUGCCAUCAUCUCUAUAGGAGUUAUACAUCAUUUUUCUACAAAACAAAGAAGAAUCCGAGCAAUAAAAGAAAUGGCCAGGGUUUUAGUUCCCGGAGGACAGAUGAUGAUUUAUGUUUGGGCAAUGGAACAAAAGAACCGACACUUUGAGAAGCAAGACGUGCUUGUUCCAUGGAACAGAGACUUCUGUUCCCAGCUCUUCUCAGAAUCCAGCCAAUCUGGGAGAAAAAGGCAGUGUGGACACCCAGAAACAAGCCAUCCCUACCACCCCCCUUGCUCAGAGUAUGGCUGUUCCAUUUGUUUUAAGGAGCGAUAUGAUUCCAAACGGUCCCACAGCAUGGACUAUGAACCUGUUAUGGCUAGAACCUGUUGUGGAAACAUUCCAAAGGAAGGCGAGGAAGAAAAUGGAAUCUAUAACACAUUAGGUAGAUCCUUCCGUUCCUGGUUUUUCUCCAGAUCUUUGGAUGAAUCCACUCUGAGGAAGCAAAUUGAGAGAGUGAGACCCUUGAAAUCCACAGAAGUUUGGGCCAAUAGCACUGUAUCAAUCCAGCCUUCUAGACAUUCCAGUUUAGACUUGGAUCACCAAGAGCCAUUUUCAACAAAAGCAUCAAGCUUAGAUGAGGAAGUGUUUGUAGAAACCUCUCAAAAACACUUGGAGUGGCUGAGAGCUUCAGGUUCCUCAAAGCACUUAAAUGGAGACCAUCAAAGAGAAAGUCGGAAAAAUGGGGAGGACAGCACUAAUCCCAGCGAGAAUCAGGUGGCUACAGGUAACUUAGAGGAGGGCAGCCCUUCUGCCAGGAAAAUAUUGAGAAGGAUUUCUACUGUCGACUCUACAGAUUCCAACCCAGAUGACACAAUUUCUGUCCAAGAACAACAGCCUGACGUUUCGGAUUCCAGAGCCUUCAUGCGCUACUACCAUGUGUUUCGUGAAGGUGAGCUCUGUGACUUGCUGCAGGAGAAUGUGACAGAGCUCCGUAUUCUGAGCUCUGGGAAUGAUCAUGGCAACUGGUGUAUUAUUGCAGAGAAAAAGGAAAGUUGUGAUUAAUUGGAUCAUUUUAGACAACUGCUCCAAAAGAGGAAUCAUGAUCUUUUCACUGUUAAAUACGGUUACCUGAAUUUGCACCCAAUUUUAUUAUUUUUAAAUCCACAUAUGCUUUGCUCUGUAAAUACUGUGAACUGAUAAUCUUUUAAUCUUUGGGUAAGCACAGCUCCCAGCACCCAAAGCAUUUGACACAGGAUAUUUGUAUUUAAGUGUAUAUGAAAAGAUCUGAAGAAGUAAUAGAAGAUGCACUUCAGUACAGUUUAGAUUUUAUUUCCCCCCAAAUGAUGAUAUUCUUAUGAGAAUAUAUGUAUAUUAGUUUUCAGUAUUAUACAUUGAUUUUAAAAGAUUCUGCUGUUAACUACACCUUUAAAAACAGUAUUUUUAUAAAAUUGGGGGUAAAUUUUGGUUCUCAGGUAAUAAUUUAGAUCUAUGUGUAAGAUAACAAGGAAACCUAUUGGGUUUCUCAGAUGAACAGAAUAUUGAAACAUGAUGGGAGAUUUUAUUUCAAGACCUGGCUUCUACUUAAAGUCUUCAGAAAACUGAGAGACAAUGAAAAGAAAGAGAAACAGGUAGUGUUAUAGGGACUCUUUUAAGUUUUAAGGAAAUUCUUUUUCUUAUGAAGUGAAGGGAUGUGUGGGAGAGUCCAGUUGAAGCAUUGAAGCACUGUUUUAUUUCAGCUCUGAGGACAAAUAGAUUCCUAAGGUACCAGAUAUUGGACCUUGGUUUCGGGCAUGACUGGGAUAUGCUAUUGGAUUUUUAAAAACAAUAUCUGGGCAUUGAUCUUAUUAAAGAUGACCACAUUCUAUUAGUUUAUAUUAGUGAUUUAGGUAGGACUAACUCCUAUUACUAAACAUUGAAUUUCUGCCCCUUUACAGCAAAAUGAAUAGUUUGAGUAUUGUGUGAUCACUGCAUCUAUUUAAUUUAAUCUUGGAGGGCUGGAGGAUAUAGAUCAUUGUAAAACUUUUACUUAGCAUGCAUGAGACCUGGGUCUGAUUCCAGAAUCACCCAAAGAAAAUAAAAAAGAUUUUAAAAUCCAUGUCAUGGAUUCUGAGACAUAAAGAUAAUCAAGAUUGAACUAGAGACAGGAGAAACAAAUAAAUUGACCCAGGAGUAUGUUCUCAAUUCCUUAAUGAGGAGAAAAUGAAAAACCUUUUUACUUCAGGAACCACUGUAAUCCUGUAUGAAAAUCCAAUUUGUGUUAUUUUCCCACUAAAAAAUUAACUAAAAUGGUCAUGAAUGUGAUCUGUUUUGGGUUUCUUUUUUCCAUCAGCUAGUGUGCUGUAACCUAAAAUGAUGCUAUUUUGAAGAAAUUUCAAGGAUUAUUUUUAGAGCAUACCUGCAAAUUAUUGAUAUUUCUAUAUUUUGGCUUCAAGAUAAGAUUGCAUCAUCACUGUUUUGGUGAGUGAGGUUGUCUGGUGGAAAUGAUACAUAUGAUUUGUAUCAUUCAGUGCAUAUUUUGCAUUAGAGGAACAAAGAAAGCAGACAUAGAAGUGUAGUAUAAAUUAAAAUUUAAUUUAGUGUGUCUUCCAUUUUUCAAAUUAGGACAUUAAGCCAUAAACAUAAGUGGUUUUCUUGGUGGAAAUAAAAGUUUCUGAGUCAAAGAUGUUCUUACAACUGGGGCUUAAUGGCCUUUUUAUGACGAAUGGAGUUUUCUUCUCUCUGAAGUCUGUUGUCACAUCUUUAAUCCAGACCUUGCUACAAGAAAUUCGAACUUGAAGUCAUCUCUUUCUGGGUAGUAACCUACUAUUUAAAGGUCAUUACAUGCAAUUCAGUUUAUCAGACUGUGCCAGAAUAGCUUUUGAGCUAAUCUGUAUGAGCAAUCACACACACACACACACACACACACACACACACACACACACUCCACUUUGUAUAUAAAGGUAUCUAGAAUGAUUCUUGGGAGAGAAUUAUUUUCACAUAAUUUUGACAGAGCCGUAAAUAAAACCCACUCUUCAUCUGUAGAGUACAAGAACUCUAUGUAUCCAGAAAUUAAUUCGUGUUCAAAUAUUUAAUCUAUGGUUGAUAACCUCUCUUUGGGAUAUCCAUGUGAAAAACCUUUAAAUUCAGCAAUUGCCUUUAUGGGGAGAAAAAAAAAAAAAGCCACCGAAGAGCCAAACUAAU